AUCAUUGGCGUUUUAACUGUGGACGGUUGCUACUCGCACUCGCUGGCGGAUUAACGGCAGAAAUAUAUACACAGAUAUAUGUAUAUCAUAUACAUAUAUACCAUUAUAUCUGGAGCUUGUAUGUACAAGUCUGCGUAGAGGGAAAACGUUUGAGGACGAAAAAAACCGUAUUCUGGCACAAGGAACAACACUAAACCAAUAGUUUAAAAGGAAAUCGUUUGAAAGACAAUACACCCAUCAGCAAACCAAAGAAUUACAAUGGCCGAUAAAAAAAUUGGUGAAUACUACGCACCGCCUGUAAAAAUGGGCAAAUGGGAGGGUUUCAAAAAAUUCCUAUGGAAUAGUGAAACUAGCCAAUGCCUUGGACGCACCGGAUCCAGUUGGGCGAAAAUUCUUCUAUUUUACAUAAUAUUUUAUGCGGCGUUAACUGGGUUUUUUGCUGCCAUUUUUACUGUAUUUUAUCAAACUCUGGACAAUGAAAAGCCAAAAUGGAUGCUUGACAAUGGUUUGAUAGGAUCCAACCCAGGUCUGGGUUUUCGACCAAUGCCUCCAGAAGCAAAUGUUGAGAGCACACUAGUUUGGUACGAGUCAUCAAAGAAGGAUAACUACAAGUACUGGGUGGACGAGACUUCACGUUUUCUGAAAUAUCACACUUACCAGGAUCUUGAGAAGCAGAACCAAGUGAACUGCAGCUUUGAACAUCCACCACAAGACGACAAAGUCUGCGGCAUUGAUGUCGCGAGCUUCUCGCCAUGUACGGCUGAAAACAACUUCGGCUAUCACGUUGCCCGGCCAUGUAUAUUCCUUAAGUUGAAUAAGAUUUACAAUUGGAUACCAGAAAUUUACAAUGAUUCUAAGACCUUGCCAGAUCAUAUGCCAGAGGAACUGAAGCAGCACAUCAAGGAAAAGCAAAGUCUUAGACCCAAUGAAACAAAUGUAGUUUGGGUCUCGUGCGAGGGAGAAAAUCCCGCUGAUGUCGAAAACAUAAAAGCACGUGACUACUAUCCACGCAUGGGUUUCCCGCGUUACUAUUUUCCGUUUAAAAACAUUCAGGGAUAUAUACCGCCCAUUGUAGCUGUUCAAUUUACCGUUGAAACCGGCGUUUUGAUCAACAUUGAGUGUAAGGCUUGGGCCCGCAACAUUAAUCACGAUCGUUCAGACAGAAGAGGAUCCGUUCACUUCGAGUUGAUGGUUGAUUAAGAAAGUCGUUAAAAGACGUCAUUGGCGAGAAGCGAUCGACCGUAUUAUCGAGAAAUAAAUGAGAAAAUAAAAUAAAAUGAAAGAAUGGAGUAUAAAAACAUGCAACAAGACCCACACAAAAUAGAUACGAAAAAAAGUAGCAUCGCAGAAACAUCAGGUUAUUGCAAAAACCAAAAAAAUUAACGUGCGAAAUACAGCAGCAACCAAAGAGAAAAUUUAAAAAAAAAUAAGCUACAAAACCAAUGAAAACCUUUAAGAUAAAAUAAAACUAGCCCAAUAAAGCAAAACAAAAUGCUAAGAAUAUUCCACCCAACCCAACGCUUACUAAGCAACGCCCCUCGCAUAAUAACAAGAAAACCUUAAUUUUGUAUUAUAUCAUUAUUUCUUUAGAAAACGAAUUAGGCGAUAUCAUACACAAAACUUUCAUAACAAAAACAUUUUUCUUUUUAAAUUCUUUGUUGUUUUUCGGUUUAUAUUUUUUUACCCUCAUAGCAAAAAAAAUCAAGCACCCCAGUCAAAAGUACUAAAAGGCUUAACUUAUGUUGUACUUAUAUUUUGGACGAUAACCAAAGUUAUACAAAAAAUUUUACCAUUAUUUAUAUAUGUACAAUUCGAGAAAAUAUAAACAAAUGCAUAUAUGUGAAAAUGAGAAAAAUUAAUCAACUUCAAUUAGCAAACUAAAACACAGAAACCUUAAUAAAAAAUUUAAAUAAAGGAAAACUGAACAGCUAAUAGAGACAUAUAUCUAUUAAAUUCUCUUUAAUUAUUAUUGAAAGCCGCAAAUCCAAGAUCACAGAUGGGUAAAUCGCAUUAAAAUAUAUAAAUUAAAGAAAUAAAACACAAGAAAACAGAAUUAACUGAAUAAAUAGUAAAGAGAUUACUAGUUGCAAUAAUAAUGAACACAUAUAAUUAAAAUAUAUUAUGUAUUCUACACUACAGAAAUAAUAAAAAUAAAUUAAAUUUGCUCUACCCAAAUAAAAUAAUUCCGUUUCCAUCCCAUUUAUGUUUUACAGCGUAAUCCAGCGAAAAAUAAAUAGUGCAUCCCUUCCCAAAUUUAAGAUUCUGAAAUGUCUUUCAUACUUCGUGGUACAGAAAGUGGAAUUUGAAUUGGCAUAUAUGUAUAUGUUAUAAUAUUUUGUUAUUUACUUACUGGCAACCGUUCAGCAAAUUGUGAAAAUUAUAAAGAAAUAUGAGUCUCAACAAAAUAAAAAUGUCUAAUUUUCCCACGAAAUUUCUUUGAUUAGUAUAAGGUGUUGAGCCAUAUAAAAUGAUGUAGUCUUGCUAAAAAGUGCAAAAUGUGCAGCCUAAAUAAAAGUAUUUGAAGCGUAAUUUCAUAAAAUGAACCUAAAGAAAAAUUUAAAAGAAAUCAAGAUUGUAAUAUUAAUGGCAUGUCCAUUCUUAAUGCAAAUUGUAUAUGUGGACUUAAAUAUUUUUUGAAGUGUUAUUUGACUUCAUCAAGUUUAUGUUUAACCAGUCUACGUUAUUGAAUAAACAAUAAUAAAAACUUUUAAAUACAACGUAAAAUGGUUAGAACGUGUAAGACGAAAUUGGUUUUUUAAAAUCUUUGUAGUGCAUGUUUUCCUAAGACUAAGCUUAACCAAUUAUAAAAUUAAAGCAAUUAGUUAUGUAGUAAAACGAAAUUACAUCAAACAUUUUAAUUUUUAACCAAAAAUUCUGGUUGGGAGAUCGUUUGAAAUAUAUUUAUCCUUUAGGUAACCGCGGGCAGAAUUACAUUUAAAUCAAGCUUAUUACUUUAUUAUUUUCCGCACACAUUUAAUCUGGAAGACGCUAUUUAUUUUGCCAUUUUCCCGGAAAAGUGUUCUCCGAAAACCGUCGAUGAAUAUUAGUAGGUUAUCUAGGGUAAACAAGCUAUUGAUUGUUUUCUAAAAAAUAAAAAAAAAUAUAUAUUCUAAACACAUAAAUUAAAUAACAACUGCCAAUUAAAUAUUUUUCCCAAAUGCUAAAAAAAUAAAAAUAUCUUGAUCUGUUGCUGAUUGGAAUCAUCUGCCAGCGGUUGCCAAUAACUUGCUAUAUGAUUCGUUUUCGAAUAAAAUAUUACUUUCAAGACUUUCUAUAUUUUACUAGCGGCAACAACUAAAACAUUAUUUAAUAAAAAUUUAUCUAACACGUAUAUAUAAACUGCCAUUUUUUAUGAAUUAAUAAAAACGUAGAAAAAAUAAAACCAAGAAAAAUCGAAAUUUUUGUAAGUAAACCGGCUACCAAAGGUUUUUCAAUGAUUGUUUUAGAAAUUUUAAGUAUGAACAUAUUCAUAAAUAUGCCCAUUAAUCUUGUUCAAAAUUCGUUACAAAAAAGUUUUCUAAGGUCUCCCACAGAAAAGUUAAACACACUGGAGCGUGUGUACAAAUCAACGAUUAUUGAUCAAUUUUCCGUUCCUUCGCAAUUGAUAUAAAUUAACGGAAAGGUAUGACAAAACUAGUGACAUUACCAAAAUUAAAUUAAAUAGAAAAACGUGUAUUUAAAUUAAACUAAGCUCUAAGAAAGUAUAAAAAUUACUAAAUAUAUGCAGAUAUAUAUAUGUUAAAUGCAUAUAUGCAUGGUCAAGAAAUUAAAAAAGGUUAUUUAAUGUAAGUAUGCAUUGAUUUAUAAUUUUUGUUUUACCAAUUAAUUAACAAUUUUCGUUGAUGGUAUAAACCAAAUCAAAAAACCGCAGUACACGGAAGGGUAUAAAUAAAUAGAGAUAACUUGUUUAUGACCCACAAUAAAUAUGUUUUCUUUAAAAGUUAUUACACCAAAAAGAACAUAAAUCAAUAAUACAAAUUUGAUUUUCUGGUCAGGCUUAAUUAAGAAUUUCAAUAACACAACCAAUAUUGCUUUUACAACUUCUUCAUUAAAGCAGAUGAUAAAUAUAUGUUGGUAACAAAACGAUAAACAAACACAGCUUUUUGUAUUAUUUAAGAAUAACUAAAAUAGAAAAAUAAUAAAAAAAAAUAUAUAAGCUGUAAUAUUAAACGAAACUUACAUCAAGAAGUAAAUAAAAAAAUAACGUAAA